AUGUUUGAUAGUGACGAUGAUACAAGUAGUGUAAGCUCUUCCUCAACCAUGCAAUCUGAGAGAGUGUUGAAUCCUGGCAUGGAUGAAGUUCAGGUUCACAAAGAUUCUAUGUUGGACCAAUCCCUUGAUGCUCUCUAUGAGAAAAGGAGUUCCACGAGAGAGGAAGCUUUAGCCUCCAUUAUUGAAGCAUUUAACAGCGAUUUGCAGUUUGAGUUUGUGGAAAAGAAAUUUGCCACUUUAUUGCAUCAAUGUUUACACUGCACCAAGAAAGGGUCUAGUAAAGAGAUUUCAUUAGCAACUCAUGUUAUUGGGUUGCUAGCAUUGACUGUUGGACUUGGGGAUCAAGCGCAAGAGAUUUUGGAAGAAUCCAUAACUCCUCUUUCUCAAGCCCUUAAAUCUGGUCGUGACGCCUUGAAAAUAACUUCGAUACUUGAGUGUUUAGCAGUCAUAACCUUUGUUGGUGGGACUGAUCCAGAUCAAACCGAAAAAUCUAUGCAAAUAAUCUGGCAAAUGAUUCACCCCAAACUAGGCUCCAAUGUUGUUGCAACCAAACCUUCACCUGCUGUAACAACUGCUGUUGUCUCUUCCUGGGCGUUUCUGCUCACAACACUAGAUCAGUGGAAGCUAAGUCCUAAAAUUUGGCAAGAGAUUGUUACUUAUCUCUCUUCACUGUUGGAAAAGGAUGACCGAUCUGUACGUAUAGCUGCUGGUGAAGCGCUUGCAGUGAUUUUUGAGUUGGGAGACCUAGAGAAAUUCUCUGCAGAAGCCAAAGGAUCUACUAAUGGAUCAGUGAAAGAAGGAAGUGUGUCUCAGGAGGCAGUGAUGCACAUGCAUGGCUUAAAAUCUAAAGUCACUAAUCAAGUUAGAGACCUCUCUGCAGAGGCAGGUGGUAAAGGUUCUGCUAAAAAGGACCUUAACACCCAACGAAAUUUGUUCAAAGAUCUUACUGAGUUUCUUGAGGGUGGAUACGCCCCUGAAACCUCAACAAAGGUUGGUGGGGAUUCUUUACAGACGUCAACGUGGUGUCAGAUGAUACAGUUGAAUUUUUUAAAGCAUUUCCUUGGGGGUGGCUUUAUCAAGCAUAUGCAGGAGAACGAUUUCCUUCAUGAUGUAUUUAGUUUCACUCCAAAGAAGAAGUUUGGUGGAAGGGAGUCUCAUCUGUCUAGUGAGGAAAAGAGGUUGUUUAAAUCACCAAACUCAGCUCUCAACAAAGCAAGAACGCAGUUCCUGAACAACCAGAGGAAAUUGGCUAAGAAUAUGAACGUUGGGCAUUACGCAGCAACGGCGGAGGAGAAUGAAUGA